CUGUGUUUUCAGAUUGUCUGGCUGUAUGGUGACAGAGAAAGGCUGUCGUUAUGUGUUUUCAGCUCUGAGUUCAAACCCCUCACACCUGAGAGAGCUGGAUCUGAGCUACAAUCACCCAGGAGAUUCAGGAGUCAAACUACUCACUGAAAAACUGUUGGAUUCAACCUGCUCACUGGACAAACUCAAUGUGGAUCAUGGAGGAGAAUCCAGGAUUACAGCAGGACUGAAGAAAUAUGCCUGUUUUCUCACACUGGAUCCAAACACAGCAAACCAUUAUCUCGGACUGUCUGAGGAGAACAGAAAGGUGACAAAUGGGUAUCACUUGUAUCCUGAUCAUCCAGACAGAUUUGAUGUGUUUUCUCAGGUGUUGUGUCGAGAGAGUGUGUGUGGACGCUGUUACUGGGAGAUUGAGUGGAGUGGAGAUUAUCAUGUGGGUAUAUCAGUGUCAUAUAAGAGCAUCAGCAGGAAGGGAGACAGUGAUGAGUGUUUGUUUGGAUAUAAUUAUCAGUCCUGGAGUUUGAUUUGCUCUCGCUCCAGUUACUCAUUCAGACACAAUAACAUACUGACUGAACUCCCUGUUGUGUCCAUCAGUCAUACAGUAGGAGUGUAUGAUGAUAAUAUCUAUAGAAUAGGAGUGUAUGUGGAUGUGAGUGCAGGAACUCUGUCCUUCUACAGCGUCUCUGACACAAUGAGUCUCAUCCACACAGAACAGACCACAUUCACUCAGACACUCUAUCCUGGGUUUAGGGUUUAUCCUGAUUCAUCAGUGAAACUGUGUUGAUGAAUGAGAACAGACUGAUGAGAGAUUCUACCCAUAAUGCUUUGAGCUGAUGAUGAAUCAGUAACAGUGAGAUGUUAUUGAGUCUCUUCAUGACAUUAAUACUGCAGCUCAACUUCUGUCACUCAAAUAACAGAAUAAAUGUGUCAGAAAUCACCAUAUAGACAGAAACAUCAGUGUGUGUUUGUUUUUAUUGUUGUGUCUCAUCAAUAAUUCAUUUUAUUACAAAGUGUAAAAAUGUCACAGUCAUGAUUGAUGAAGAACAUGUAAUUAAUUUCUCUAUUUUUUGUACAGAAAUAAUAAAACACAAUGAAAAAUCAA